AUGAACGGCAAUCCAUCCUCUUCAUCAGCUACAGAGACAAACGCCGCCGAUCUAGAAAAAGAGCCGAACCAAGAUGCACCACCUAGGCUGGAGGUAUUUUCAGUCUUCACAGUCAACCAGAAGAGAGCCAUGGUGGCGACCGGCUCAAUGGCGAGCUUUUUCUCGCCUUUGUCUUCAAGCAUCUACUUCCCUGCCAUGGACACGAUCGCAACAGCGCUGAAUGUCUCCACAUCCAAGAUUGAUUUGACUGUCACGACCUACCUCAUAAUGCAAGGCAUAGCUCCCAUGUUGAUCGCCGGAUUCUCGGACACAGCCGGUAGACGUCCCGCCUACAUAAUCUGCUUCACCGUCUAUGUCGCCGCCAACCUGGGCCUCGGCAUCCAAAACGACUACGGUUCGCUACUCGGUCUGCGAUGCCUCCAGAGUGCAGGAAGCAGCGGCACCGUGGCCCUGGCCAACGGCCUCGUCGGAGACCUAGUAACAUCAGCGGAACGCGGUACAUACAUCGCCUUCGCUUCGCUUGGGAGCAUGCUCGGCCCCUCUCUGUCGCCCAUCAUCGGCGGACUCCUCAGCCAAUAUCUCAACUGGCACUGGAUAUUUUGGUUCCUUCUCAUCUUCUCGGGUGCCUUCUUCCUCCCUCUAUUACUCUUCCUCCCGGAGACCUGCCGCAAAGUCGUAGCCGACGGAUCUGUCCCACCUCCCACACUAAACAAGAACAUAAGCGACACCCUCCGGCACCGCAACCGAAAGACCAAAGGUCUCGAAGUGGAGGAAAGCAAACUCGCCGAAGUGCGCAAGAACUACGCCUUUCGGUGCCCAUCACCAAUGUCCACACUGAAGGUUACCGCCGACCUAGAAACCGGCGUCAUUCUCCUGGCCACAGGGCUAAACUUCGCAUGCUUCUACGCCGUAAUGACCGGAGCGACCACCUCAUUCCACGACAUCUACCACCUCAACGACAUCGAUACAGGCCUAAUGUAUAUCCCCAUCGGGGCCGGCGGCAUCGUAUCAGCAUUCACCACGGGCCGUCUAAUGGACUGGAACUACCGACGCCAUGCCGCGCAGGCCGGACUACCUGUUAUCCGGAACGUGCGACAGGACCUCACGAACUUUAAUAUCGAAAAGGUAAGGCUGCAAGUCGGCCUACCGAUGUACUACGCAUGCAUAGCGUCCAUGAUCGCCUACGGCUGGGUCCUCGGCCACAAGGUCAAUCUGGCUGCGCCGGUAAUCCUACUGUUCAUCUGUGGAUGGAGCCUCAAUGCUACAUCGCAGGUCUUGAAUGCAAUUCUUGUUGAUCUGUGGCCUGGUCGGUCAGCUGCUGCGACGGCAGCGAGUAAUUUGUUUCGCUGUGAGUUGGGAGCUGCAGCUUCGGCGGCGAUUACGCCCAUGAGUGAGGCCAUGGGGCAGGGGUGGGCGUAUACGACACUGGGGUUGAUUGCGGUGGUUGUGUCGCCGAGUUUGUGGGUGGUUAUGGAGAGGGGGAUUAAGUGGAGGCAGCGGAGGUUGAGGAGGGAGCGGGAACGGGCAGCCAGAAAUCAGUAG